GAACCAUAUGCUGCUUUCACAACCUCGUUCUCGUUUGUGUUUCAAGUAGAUAUUAAGAAUGAGAUUUUUGUAGUCAAAACAAUUUAAAAAAAUGUUUAUAGCGCGAUGUAGAACGCCGUUGCGUUCCGGUUUAUUUACUUUUUCUCAAAAAUCUGUUUAUAUUAAAAGGCAACAAUCACAAUUAGUUGCACAGAAUUCGACCAGCAAUGAUGAUUAUACGGAAAUACCGCAGUACCCUCCUAUACAUGAUCUUUCCUUUCGACCGCGUAAAGAGAGGGAAUCCCAAAAUUGGCAUGAAGAAAUUAUGAAAGUUCCCACAGUCGAAGAAAAGAUGAUUAAAAUCAAUAUGCCCCGUUAUUAUGGUUAUAAAGUGGUGGAUUUACAUGAUCGCUGUUUGCCAUACAACUGUUUGCCAGCUCUUCAGCACUACACCCGAACAGUAUUUGAAAAAAUGUCUUCGAAAGUUAGUGAUGAAAUAUUGGAAAAUCAAGUAGAAAUCGUAAGGGCCGAUAUUCAAGAUGCUAUAGAAACGGCUUGUGACUGUUUCAGAUUAAAGUAUCCUAUUUCGUCCGAAUUGGAUCUUAUCGAACGCGACCAAUUAUUGAGUCAAACUAUUGUGGAACAGAUUAAUCGCGCUUUAAUAAAUGUUUUAGCCGCCGAUUACCAGCAUUUACAAGAAGUAGAAGUUGAUUAUAAUCCACGGCAUGAAGCUUUUUGGGCUGUUGGUGGCAUUAAACCACCUCGAAAUAUUGUAAAAUCUAAAGAAGGUCACAAAUGGCAAAAAGAAUUUGCGAAAGAUCCAGUCGAUCGACUAAUGCAGUAUAGGGGUUCACCUUUACUCGCGCUAAGACAUCGUUUUCAAUUGGCACCUUGGAAGGAAGAAACUGAAAUAGAAAAUCCGAAAUUAGCAGAAAAAUUGCCACGUUAUGAGCUUGAUCCGGUUACUUUAGGUUUUACGAAAAGUUAUAGACACGGCACCAAUACAGCCGGUUAUUGGCCCAGCAAUUUGCCCGGAUUUGGUUACCUAUCUUAUCAGUCGCGCGCAGUCAUGCAAAUACGCCCCGCUAGUUAUGGUGCUGAUGAUUUCAAGGAUGCCCUACAUGCUCAAGCUAUACAAUCAGGUUUUGCUUGGCUAUUGGCUCAAGCUAAUUAUAAUGGUUUUAAUACGUAUAGUGAGUUAACAUAUCCAAUGAAUAGUCAGACCAUUGUAACAAACGGGCGUUCGUGGUCCUUCUAUGAAUAUCAGUUAAAUACUUUACUGACGAAUAGUAAUCAAAUUGAUCGAAACCCAAAAGUGAAUUAUUGUCGAGGUACUGAAGAAUUAAAUCUUUAUGAAGCAAUUGAUGAAAACGGAAAAAUAAAGGGCUUUAAUGAUUUGGUAUUACGGCAUUUGAUAAAAUUCUAUACAAAAAUACCGAAUAUUCAACGUUCAGCUGCGGAGUUGCAACCUUAUUUGAAUGCCCAGAUUAAACGUAUAGCGGAUUAUGCGGACGACGAAAAGCGUGAUUUCUUAGAUAAGACUUACAAAUAUUUGGCUUCUAAUCGUUCACGUCAUUUAGAGCUACCGGAAAUUUAUUUAUGGGAGAAAAUCUACAAAAUUGAUAAUAAAACGAGGCCAUUAGAAGCAAGACGACGCUUCUUCGAACUAAAUAUUAAUCCAUGGCGGCGUACAUUGGAUCAGCAUCAAAAGGAAUACAUCCCGAAGGUAUUACGACCUGAAGGUCCUAAAAGUAAAAAGAAAUGGAAGCCCACCUAUUAUCCUUAAACAUAUUGAAUGAUUGAAGAUAUUUAAAGCAGUUCAAAUUUCUCUUAAUUUGCAAAUAAAUUCAUAUACAAUAAA